UAAAUUGAAUUCCAAUGUACUGUUGAGAAACAACAGAACUAAUGAAAAGUCUGAUCACCAUAAUGCAUUCCUUGAACAUCGCCAGAGUCUUUUUAUUUCUUGGUUUGCUUUGCUUUCUUAGCCUCAGCAUUCAAGUUAGCUCAGUACCUUUUGGAUAUGAUUGCGCAGCUACAAUCACUUACACUCCAAACAGCACCUACAAAUCCAACCUCGACAUCCUGCUCUCUGUUCUAUCCUCCAACGCCACAUUCACCUAUGGCUUUUACAACUUCACUGUCAGCCAAGACUCUUCCAACGACGUAGUUCAUGGCCUCUUUCUAUGCCGAGGAGAUGUGUCAGCCAAUGAUUGUCAAAAUUGCGUAUCAACUGCAAGCAAAGAAUUAGUACAGUUAUGCCCCAAACAGAAAACAGCCAUAGCUUAUUACGACGAUUGCUUGCUACGUUACUCAAACCAAUAUAUUUUCUCCAUUCUGGAUCAAUCAUUUCCACAUGAAAUGCAUAACCCAAUUAACAUUACCAACAACCUUGACCGGUUUAGGCAGGUUUUGAGCAACAUAAUGGAUGACGUAGUGACUCGGGCUGUAAAAGAUCAAUCGGGUAAGAAGUUCGCUACGAAAACAGCCAACGUUACUGCAGUUGAUGAGUUGUAUGGGCUUGCGCAAUGCACACCGGAUAUAUCCAGUAAAGAUUGUAACACAUGCCUUAGUGAUGCCAUCUCAAAUCUCCCAAUUUGUUGUGAGGGGAAGCAAGGUGGGCGGUAUCUUUUUCCGAGCUGCAACGUCAGGUAUGAGUUGUACCCAUUUUACAAUAACGCCACUGCACCGCGGCCACUACCACCUGUCCUUCCUCCUCCACCUUCUCCGGGUAUUGCAAGGAAUACAGGAAAGGGGGGAAUCUCAUCACAAGUACUGAUAGCCAUCAUAGUUUUGACAGUGGUGUUUAUAUUGCUUUUCAUUAUAGGCUUAUGCUUCCUAAUUAGCAAAGCAAAGAAGAAAUAUGAUGCUCUUCAAGAAGAUACCAUUGGGAACGAAAUUGCAACAGUUCAAUCCCUGCAAUAUGAUUUGAUUACAAUUCAAGUCGCUACAAACAAUUUCUCCGAAGAAAAUAAAAUUGGUAAAGGUGGCUUUGGUGAUGUCUACAAGGGUACACUUCCCAAUGGGCAAGAUGUAGCUGUAAAAAGGCUAUCUCAAAACUCGGGGCAAGGUGCAGAAGAAUUCAAGAAUGAGGUCGUCUUGGUAGCCAAGCUUCAACAUAGAAAUCUAGUGAGAUUAUUGGGAUUUUGCUUGGAAGGAGAAGAAAAGAUACUCAUCUACGAAUUUGUGGCUAACAAAAGCCUUGACUACUUUUUGUUCGAUCCAGAAAAACAAAAAGAGUUGGACUGGCCAAUACGUUACCAGAUUGUAAGAGGGAUCGCUCGAGGAAUUCUUUAUCUUCAUGAAGAUUCCCGACUUAGAGUUAUUCACCGUGACCUUAAAACAAGCAAUAUUCUCUUAGAUGAGGAAAUGAAUGCAAAAGUUUCAGAUUUUGGCUUAGCAAGAAUUUUUGGCAUGCAUCAAACUCAAGCUGAUACAGAUAGAGUUAUUGGAACAUAUGGUUACAUGUCACCAGAAUAUGCAAUGCAUGGCCACUUCUCUGUGAAAUCAGACGUAUUUAGUUUUGGAGUCAUAGUUCUAGAAAUUAUAAGUGGCAAGAAGAACAGUGAGUUUUACCAGUCAGACUAUGCUGACGACCUUCUAAGCUAUGCUUGGAAACUCUGGAAGGAUGAAAGACCCUUGGAAAUGAUGGAUCCAACACUAGAGGGGUCUUAUUCAAGAAAUGAAGUCACUAGAUGCAUUCAUAUCGGCUUAUUGUGCGUCCAAGAAGAUCCAAAUACUAGGCCGUCCAUGGCAACAGUAUUUCUAAUGCUUAAUAGUUACUCCGUUACUCUAUCAUUUCCUCAAAAACCUGCAUUCUUUGCACGUAAUAGCAUAGGGACGCCUACACAAAAACGUCUAGAGUUGUAUCAGUCUACAAGUAUGUCAAUACCAUCGUCUGUGAAUGAAGUUUCAAUUACUGAACUGUACCCUAGAUAACUUGAUAAUUCCAGACCAAGGCAAGGUUCAGGAAUAGUUCUAUGGUAUGAAAGAAUAAACUCAAAACUUGGCAUUCAUCCUGGUAGGAUUUUGUAGCUAGUUCACUGUAGCCUCCAAAAAACUGGCCCUAGGGAAAGCAGGCAAGGCGACCUUAGGUCUCCAAUUCUGUCUAGAAAAUAAAACUCUCAAAUAAUUUUUACUCUUAUCUUCUGUUUGUAGUUUUUUGAAACGAAGUGAAAUUAUAAACAUUCUAUCAUAAUA